UAUCAGGCUCCCAACCAACUCCCUUCUGGCCUUGUUCCUUAGAACUCUCAAUCACACACUGAGGGUGAGGCGGACUUCAACAAGAUGCCACCGAAUCAAGCACAAACAGAACCGAGUGGCCCCUUCAACCUCCUUCGACCGCUUCAUCUGCUCGCAUACUCUGCAUACUACAUCAUCCCCACGAUCAUCAGCUUGAUCCUCAACCUCAAUUUCAAGCCAUUCUUCUCCAUCGACGACUUCAAAGAUGUCUGGUUCGCAAAAUUCUGGGAGUUCUUUGGACCUCUGUCUCGAGAAAACGCAGCUCCUGCUGUAAUGCCUUUGCUUCAGAACAGUGCCCAAGGCGUCUGCCUUGACAUUGGCCCGGGUACUGGGCAAUGGGUGUAUCUAUUUGCUCGUGCCGACAAUCCAUCGAUUACAAAAAUAUAUGGUGUGGAGCCUAAUGUAGGAAUGCAUGCCGCGUUGAAGGAAAACGCAAAGAAAGCCGGUCUUGGAGACAUCUACGAGGUAAUUGGUUGUGGUGCGGAGGAGCUCAGGACCAAAGGUGGCAUUGAACCUGGCUCCAUCGACACAAUUAUCACGGUCCAAUGCCUUUGCUCUAUUCCGACGCCACAGAUCAUCAUCCAGGAGCUGUAUCCGCUACUCAAGCCUGGUGGCACCUGGCUGGUGUAUGAACACAUUAAGACCAAGUAUGAAGGCUAUUUAGUCUGGUAUUGGCAAAGAUACGUCAAUUACAUUUGGCCGCACUUUUUCAAUGGCUGCGAUAUCCAACGACCAACCGAUGAAUGGCUGCUCACAGCUGGCGAGUGGGAGGAGGUAAAACUCCGGCCUGGCAACGCUGAGGGACCAUACGAUGUUGUUCCGCACGUCAUCGGAACGUUGACCAAGAAGAAGUUCACGCAGUUGAACUAGACCUGGUCGGUUCGGAGCAAGCAGAUUGGAUGAGGACUGCUCGUCAUAGGGAUAUUCUGCUUUACCAGAAACCAUCGAUGCAACUUUGGGUGGGGCGGUCGACUCUACGACCAUGGAAAUUAUGGGAACGGCAUAGUGAAGGCCGUAAACGUGAGUUAAUCUUUGAAAAGUGGAAUACACAGAUGGCCAUGUUGGCCGGUUGAGAAAGCAGCGUUAGAUUGACGUUCAAGUACUUUGAUGAAGCGAGAAGUCCAUUCUGAUCAGAGCGAACGCACUCCAGCCCAUUGAAUUGAUCUGUCAAGAUUUUC